UCCUGUGAAUGACACCGACAACAUCUUAAAGCAAGACUGAGACUCUCUCUCUGCUCUCUGCUCUCUUGGAUGACAAGUUAACACAGAAAGGAAAAUGGACCUCUUAACCUCUCUCAAAUCUAUCUACUACUUUCAUCAUCUCCAUUGCACUUGCAAGUUCUAACACUUGACCAUUCUUUUACAUAAUUCUCUUUCUGAACAAAAAUAAAAAACAAAACAAAACACAACGUGCGAGUGUGUGUGCACACGACAGCAUAAGCAUGUUCUGUUGGUCCCACGUUCCAAACUCAACAAAACCGAGCCUCUUGCAUUCCCUCAUUCUUCUCACUCACCCCAUGUGCCACUGCUAGCCUUCCAUCUUCUGCAUUUCCAUGUAAGAGGAGGGACUUAAUAAUUAAGGAUCCAAAGCUUUCAACUUUGAACUUUGAACUCUGAAUCUCGCUCUUUUUGGACCAUCCAUGGAUCCAUACUCUCGUCUUGAUCAUGCCCUCUUUCAGCUCACUCCAACCAGAACCAGGUGUGACCUUGUUGUUGUUGGUGGAGGUGUGAGUGAAAGACUUGCUUCUGGGCUGUUAGAACCGUUUCUUUCUCACCUCAAGAGUGCCAAGGAUCAGAUUUCUAAAGGUGGCUAUUCCAUCACUCUGCGUCCACCUGGUGAACAUGCUCACUGGUUCACCAAAGCCACCCUCCAAAGGUUUGUUAGAUUUAUAAGCACUCCAGAAGUUCUAGAGAGGUUUGUGACAAUAGAAAAGGAGAUUGUGCAGAUUGAAGGAUCGAUUCAAUCAAGUGAGAGGAACAAUUUGUUGGCAGAAGCAGAAGGAAGCAUUUCAUCUACUGAUGGGCGUGUCAAAAGGUCAACAACUUCCUCUAAGAUGAAAGAUGAAUCAGCUGGAAUCAAUGAAGAUGGACAUGAAGAAAACUCCAGGGUUCGCCUUCAACGUGUUCUAGAUAAUCGUAAAGCUAUGCUUUGCAAAGAACAAGCAAUGGCCUAUGCCCGUGCUUUAGUAGCAGGAUAUUACCCAGAAUCUGUGGAUGAUCUUAUAUGUUUUGCUGAUGCAUUUGGAGCUUCACGUUUGAGGGAAGCAUGCAUUAAUUUCUUAGAGCUGUGCAAACAAAAGAAUGAAGACAAGCUAUGGAUAGAUGAGAUAGCAGCCAUGCAGGCGGCUGCUCAGCCUGAACUGCCAUACUUGAGGACAUCUGGAAUCAUACUUGCUGGAGAAGAUGAUACAAGCAGUAAAUUAAAUGGCAUAGUUGAUGCCUCAAUUUCUGAGUCAACACCAAGUCAUGCAAGUUUGGACAUAGGCCAUGAUUAUAGCUUGCCAACAUCGGGUCAAACACCAUCAACAGAUGGAAGAGCUCAAAUACCAAUGUCCUGGCCAAACCAUCUUCCACAGUACAUGCACAACUUUCAGGGUCACCACCCAUUUCAACAAAUGUCCCCAUACCAAGGGUACCUUUAUCCUGGUAUGCAGGUUCCUUCUUCAUAUUAUCCGGGGAAUAUGCAAUGGCCUUCAAAUAUGGAAGACCCUCAUAUUGUUCAUGACCGAGACAAGGAUUAUCAUAAAUCAUCGUAUAAGAAGAAGAAAAAGAAACAUUCUCAAACACUGCAGCAAUCUGAAGAAGAUAGCUCUACAGCAUCCUCUGACUCUAGUUAUGAGAGUGAUUCAGAUAACCAUUCAAGGCAAGGUAAAAAGCACUCUUCAACAGAACAUCACCACAAAAAGAAGCAUGGAAAGAAGUCCUCAAGGAAAGUGGUUAUACGCAAUAUAAACUACAUAACUUCUAACGGAGAUGGCGAAAAGGGUAGUGUCACUGAGGGAAGUUUGUCCAAUGAGGAAGAAUUUAUCAAUGGAGAUUCCCUGAAACAGCAGGUAGAGGAAGUUGUAGGAUCAUUUGAAAGAAGAAACAAGUCAAGCUCCCGUCACCGUAAGAAACAGCAUAUUGCAAAGCACUCUGGCAAGCUAAAUGGUUCAAAUGAUGCUGAUUCCAAUGGCAUGAAAGGCAAUAACAACUGGGAUGCUUUCCAGAAUCUUCUUUUGAGAGAUGAUGAUUCUACUCCUGAUACUGAAGAACAGCCUAUGAAGUUCCAGGAGGAAUAUAUUGGCAGUCAGAAUUUUGAGAAUGGAAGGUCAAAUGAAUUUAACCACGAACCAGACUUUAGUAAAACUCGAGCAGUUUCAAAUGAUUCCUUUGUUGUGACUGAGAGGGGAUUCGAUGGUGAGGUUCAAAACCGUGUUGAUAACUUUAAGGAUGGAAAGGAUGCUCCUUCAUUAAUGAAGAAAAACAUUAACACAGAUGAGGCGAUGUUGUUUUCUCAGAGAAAUGACAAAUCAGGUAGCUAUUCUAUGUCAAAUCUGUCGGGCAAUGGCCCAGAAUCUUCCCUCACUAAAUGCCAGACAGAAGAGGAUUGGUUCAUUAUCAACCAGUCUGGUAAACCAGGAAAUGUGGAUCAAAACCGAGAUUUCAGCAUGUUUGAUGGCAUUUCCGUUUCAUCAUCAGCUACUGAUUCGUUUCAUGUAGAGAAAAACAGAAAAGACAUUGUGACUGAUGACUCUUUCAUGAUUCAAGCUCGAUCAUCAGAAGAUCAAUUCAAUUCUCAGUCAGCAGCUGAUCUUAGUUUGGUUUCAGACAUUGUUGGGGCUACUGAAUUCAUGAAUAGCACACAAGAAGGUUCACACAAUAAGAAUGAAACCUUAAAUUCCCAUGAGCCUGAUGAUCUCUUCAUGGUUCUUGACCGUGAUUCUACUUUAGAGCAAAGUCUGGCACCCUGGAGCAUGGAAAUGGAUUAUGAUAAUAACAUUUCUUCAAAUGAAGCUAAUAGAAAGCUAUCUGAAGUUGAAACAGAUAAAAAUCAUUCAUCUAAUCUUGAGGGUACCGAUACAAAAACUCCUGGAGUGAAAAAUGGGAAAGUUUCCAGUAAAGAGGCAAAGCCUAAGGCUCUAAAUGCAUCUCUUGGGAAAAGCAAAUCUAAUAUCACGUCAAGAAGCAAAGCAUCCCCUGGAAGCAAAACUAGAGUUACUAAGAGCAAAUCUGAGAAGGAAGAGGAAAAUAGAAAGAAAAAGGAGGAAUUGAUGAUUCAGCGGCAGAAAAGAAUUGCUGAAAGAAGUGCCUCUAAGAAGACUGGAACUGGAACUAAGACUUCCUUGACUUCUGCAAAGAAAGAGAAUCCUAAGAUACAUCCAUCCAAUGAGGAGACCAAGAAAUUGCAAAAACCAGUCAUCAGGAAUUCCACCAUUGAACGUCUUGCAACUGCCCGAGUAAGUCAGUCGAAGGUUUCACCAAGUCCAGCAAAAUCAGGUCCAACCAAGAAACCAACCUUGAAGGCAAAUGGUGUACCUUUGCAGAAGACUGCAAGCACAGAAAAGAAACAGGACCCAAAAGAAGUCAAAUCUUCAAGUCUUAAAGAAGACGCGAAGAAAACAAAUGGGGAGGUUCUAGGAGCCACUAAUGGCCAGGCUAAGAAUGAAAUAGAAAUCUCAGUAGCAUUGCCAAGGAACUCUGGCGCCACACAGUCUGUUGAAACAAAUAACAGUAAUCUUGGUUUGAAAGACAAUGGAGAGCUAUCCAAGACGUCAUCAGAGAAAGAUGCGACAUCUUUGAUUUCAGAAAGAGAGCAUGUGCACGCAAAUGUUGGCCAGCUUCAUGCCGAUCCAUCUUUGCCGAAUCACAAUCUUGCGUUGGGAGGAAAUCAGCCCAGAGGUGAAGAAGUGUCAAACAAGUUAUCUUCACUUCCUGGUGAUAGCAAACCUCAACAUAUUACUGAUGUGAUCACAAAUCCUACAGCUGCAUUACCUAGCAAACCCCUCACAGUUUCUGCUGUGAACUCAAAUGUUAAUCAAGAAAUACAUGAGAAUAAUGCUAUCUUGCCUCAAGUCACUGAGAAACAAAUUUCUACUACCCCUCCACCCAAUAACCAAGUGAUGAUGCCAGAAUCAGUCCACUCCAGGAAGAAAUGGAACACUGAUGAGGACAAUUCAAAACCAGCAAAAGGAUUUCGUAAGCUUCUAUUCUUUGGAAGAAAGAGCUGAAGCAAAGCACCCUGGUGGAUUGAUUUUGUGCAAAUUGGUUCAUAAUAAUCUUCUGAAGUGUUUUGAUAAGCUAUCAGUUCUCUUUUCCAUGCUUUUGGUUUUUCAACAUUUCAAAGAGUUUACUUCGUCCAUUCUUUUGCUCAACAGAAAGUGUUUGGCACAUUGAAUUAUUUCUUGUUUUGAACACACAUAUGGAAGUCAUGUGGAAGAUUGUAGAUAUUUUCCUGCUUGACACACGAAAUAACAAAGCCAUGAGAUGGGGAGUUGCUUGUUAUGUUAGAGAUCCAUGAUGUAAAUUAUCUGAAUAUGGUGUAUCCUAAGGAAGGCUUUCACAGGUAAUAAAUUUUCCAUGUUGGAACUUUUUAUACGAGGCUUAACUUGUUUAAUGUCAUAUGAUGCCAAAAAAAAAAACCUGUUUCCUUGUAUUCAUGAAAGUUGUAAUGUUUGGUUGUGUAUGACUUUCAUAUUAUUUCAUGCUGAUAUUCUAUUGCAAAUAUUCGUUAUACCAAUGAGUUA